AUGAUGUGUGAUUUAUAUUCAGAAUUCGACCCAGCAAAGUACUCCUGUGUAGUAGGGAUUGACUUUGGAACAACUUAUUCCGGAUGCUCAUGUGUUUAUGUUAAUGAUGGUGUGGAUGAGAUAUUUGAUAUUACAGCAUGGCCAAGACCUGGUGGAUCGUCAUACGCUAAAGUUCCCACCGCGUGCCUUUAUGCGCAUGACAGCAAGAAGCUAAUAGCCUGGGGACACGACGCAAUCCGAAAGGCAAAUGAUGUAAAUAACAAAGACAUCUUGGUAGAGAGAUUCAAGUUGCUUCUUGAUUCGAGAAUACCAGCGUCUGUAAAGUUACCGCAUGGUCUAAAGCCGCUUGAUGUAAUCGCUGACUAUCUUACCGAGUUCAAUAAAUAUAUUCAUGAUUGCUUCAAACGUAAAUUUGGAGUCAUCUAUAAUAAAGAAAAGUUUAGAUAUUGUCUAACAGUCCCUGCCAUGUGGGAUGACUAUGCCAAAUCACUUAUGCGCGAAGCUGCCAUUAGAGCGGAUAUCGUAACCCGCUUGGAUAACCCUAAUCGACUAGUGCUCACAAGUGAACCUGAAGCUGCUGCUCUUUACUGCGAAAAGAAAUCCGAGCAAUUUAAGCUUACAGACGGCCAGCGCUUUCUGGUCUGCGAUGCUGGUGGUGGAACAGUUGAUUUGAUAGUAUUUGAAGUCACUCGUACUGCAGGAAAGAAGACCAUAAAAGAAGUGACACAGGGUCAUGGAAGCUCGUGUGGGUCGACUUUCCUGGAUCAAAAUAUGCGAGAAGUCUUUAAGAGCCGGUUUGGUGACCUUGCAGAAAUUAAUAAGCCAACAAUUGAUAUUAUGGUGAACCAGUUUAUUACCUCUGCAAAGCCUGGAUUUGAGAAUAAAGACAACGAACACUUCAUUGUGCCAGCAAAAAUAGAGAUGGAAGGAAGAGAAAUGGAAGAGAUUGGAAUAGUAAACGGAUCACUCUGUGUUACUGUAAAAGAAAUGCGCGAAAAGGUGUUUGACCCGAUUGUCAAGGAAAUAACUGAGUUAAUCCUUCGACAGCUUAAUCAGACUGGCGGAAAGAUUGACGCCAUGUUCUUGGUGGGAGGGCUUGGACAGUCGAUUUUUCUGUACCAAUGCCUGACAGAAACAUUUGCAGAUCGUAUAAAUUUGAUUGCUGUUCCUCAACGUGGCGAGCUAGCUAUUGUGAGAGGUGCAGUGAUACUUGGAAUGAAUCCAGAAAUGAUUACACACAGAGUAUCACGGCGAACAUACGGGCGAAUUAUGGCUGAUAUUUUUGAUGCAUCCAAACACCCAGCAGAAAACAAAUAUAUUGAUCCUGCAGGUUACCCAAGAUGUAGUAGCUGCUUCAAAGUUUUCAUCUAUAAAGGAGAUACUAUAAGAACGGAUGAAUAUAUCGAAUCAAACUUCUCAUACUUUUAUCCCGGAAUACCAUGCUUAGAUUUAUAUGUUUUUGAUGGGGAUGGUGAUCCUCCUAUGUUAGUUACUGAUCCAGGUUCUCGCCUGGUAACUAGAUGUACUAUGGAAAAACCAGUGGUUCCAGGUGCUAAAGCCGGGGAUGAAGUCAAUAUUUGUUCCAGAGUAUACUUGGGGCUAACAGAAAUCUGUAUGGAGAAUACUAUAUUGGAUAAAACAUACACAUUCACCUCAAGUUUCAAAGACCAUGAACUUAAGAGUACGCCUAAAAGCAUCCGGGCUUCAGUCACCCAUUCGACAGCCUUUUCAACACAUUCUACUCUCCCUUCUCUUUCAAGGAACAGGAGAUAG